AUGCUUCUUAUAACUGGUGGUGGCGAUGUGACUGUCUUCGACUCAACUGAUUUCAGUCGCUUUGCCAGAUGCAUGGACACAGUUCUUAGCUGUCUGAUCGAUAGAAAAGCAAGUAACAGGUUAGAAAAUGAUGAUGUACUGCGCUUAAGUCCUGCUAAAGACUGUGAGGAUGAUCGUGGGUUACAUUUUGAUGACCAAAACAGUCCUGCUGCGGUGAAUAUCCACCUGGAAGUUGAAAAUUUAGAAGGACCUCAGACUGGGAGAGAUGAGAAUGUUGUCCUUGUGUAUUCAGCCCCAAUACCACCACCAUCAUCUCCUCCUGCGGAAGAUCAAGACAUUGAAAUAGAAGAUGAAUGUGAAUUUUUAAUUGAUGAAUCGGUUGAUGCAUCUUCUAAGUUUUGGGUUUCGAUAUCCCGUAAGAACAAUAAAUUAAAAAAAGACACCUCUGCAAGUCCCGUUUCCAAAUCUCAGCCCUCCAAAAAGAAGACAGAGAGUAGGAAAGGGAAGAAGAGAAAAAUACAGGCUGAAGUACUUACUGAAUGGCAAGGAGAUGACUUGGAUGUCAGACCUGAACUGGAAACAGAAGCAUCUGAUGCAGAACAACAUAAACCAAGGGGGACUCCAGUUAGGGAUUCACCUGUGCCCUCAGCUGGGCAUCAUCGAGAGCAGACUGUGUCUCCUAAGAAGAAUCUCAAGUCUUCCAAGAAUCUGCAUUUGGCUUCAAAAGCUUCUCAGCAUUUAGAUCCCAAGAAACAAACUGCUAAGCAGAAACCUCCAAAAGCUCUAGUGGCUAAAAGACAGGCAGGAAGUCCAAGGAAGAAGCUUAAAAUAUCUGCCAAGAAAAGUAGUAAUAAAAAACCUCGGAUACAAAUAGAGGAGAGUUCUGACAGUGAACCUGGUGAAGAAGAGAUGGAAAGAGAGCCUGCAAAACUGACCGAAGAGUUUACAUCACUCCCCCACCAGAAAUUACAGACUCCCACUAGUCAGAAGUUGACCAAAUCUGAAAAUAUAUUGCAAGUACUGGAGUCUUGUGAUGAUGCAACUAACAGAAGUCUUGUAAAAGCACUGCAGUAUCUCAUAGACAGAGUAAAGUGUUCUGAAGUGCAACAAUUGCCAGCCAAGUCUUCAGAGAAGGCUCCCCAAAAGCUCUGUCACAGAGACAGUGAAGGUGCUUUCUUAGAUGCUGAGAACGCCGAGUCUCACAUGGGUUCUGACAGCAAGGGCGCAGCAAAGGAGAAACAGAAGUUAGCAGAUGUGAAAGUGAAAAGCACCAAAAGGAAACGUCAUGUGCAGCAUGGACCACAAGAUUCCUUUGCAGCUGAGAAGGCCAGCAGUUGUGCAAGUGGGCCUGUUCUAGAAGAUGGCAACAGAUUUGCUUCUGGCAGUCAGUGUUCUAAACAGGAUAGUUUCUCUCCAGAUGUUUAUGAAGACUUGGAUUUUCAAGUAAGAGCUCCGUUUUCAGACAAAUCAACAAGUCAUAAGAUAGUAAUGCCUUCCAACACUCCUAAUGUGCGGCGGACAAAGAGGAUCCGACUGAAGCCUCUGGAGUACUGGCGAGGAGAGCGGGUGAACUAUGCAAUGAGUCCUUCAGGAAAUCUUGUGGUUACUGGAGUAGUUUGUCCAGAACCUCAGAGCAAGAUGAAUCAGAGGAAGGAUCGUCGCAAGCCGAAAAGAGCUAAAAGCAGAAAGGAGGAACCUCUGGUUUUGGAUCAUAGCCUGGGCGAUACUGCUAAGCCAACCAUUGUACUGGACCCAGUCACAAAUGAGGAAGUACCUCUAGAAUGUGUCACCACUGAAAUGCGUCACUCGUGCUUCUUCAAGGAUGAAACAGUAGAAAUCUAUAAACACCUGAAUACAUCUGCUUUUGCCACUGGGAAACUGAUUUUGAAACCACUCAAGGAGAAGGGGCACCAGUGUGUGCACAUGGAUACCAUAGUUUUCCAUGUUAUCUAUGGCAAAAUUAUCACUACCUUACAUCAGACAUCGUAUUACCUGACUACAGGGGACUACUUCUAUGUUCCAGCAGGAAACAGAUACAACAUCCGCAAUCUUCUGGAUGAAGAAAGUGUUCUUCUCUUCACACAACUCAAAAAGGACAGGCCUCCUGUGAGUGUGGAGUUGUGCACUGUGACAAACAAAAGUUGGUUUUUAGUCUGA